CACUACUUGAAAAUAAACAACAUAAGCAGCAGCAGAAGAAGAGUGGGAGAGGACCGCUAGCCGUUAGCAUUCCGCUAAAGCUAGUUAGCCUCAACUGAUAUGUGUGUCUACUGCUAGCGUCACUGCUGGUGUCUUCGUAAAGUCAUAUGCUGCGAAUGAGAGGGGGGGAUAUAUUAGAAGGCCCCUGACACAGACCGAACCUGCUUUCCACAACAUGGAGAAACAGUUGCAUUUGAAUCUGUUAGCUUCCAGACCUCCUAUAGCUGGUGGUUUUCAGUCCAGCUCCAAAAUGAAAAUGGGACCUGGACGGAAGAGAGAUUUCACGCCCCUGCCCUGGAGUCAGUACUUUGAAACCAUUGAAGACAUCGAGGUGGAAAAUGAGAAUGGCAAAGAUAUUUUCAGACUGUACUGUAGUGGGUCUCAUGGUCCGGUGCUGCUCCUGCUCCAUGGAGGAGGUCACUCUGCACUCUCCUGGGCAGUGUUCACUGCUGUCAUAUGCAGCCGCAUCAACUGUAGAGUGGUGGCUAUGGACCUUCGAGCUCAUGGUGACACCAAGGUGAAAAACCCUGAAGAUCUCUCUGCAGACACAAUGGCCAAGGACAUUGGAAAAGUGAUGGAGGUGCUUUAUGGAGACAACACUCCUCCAAUCAUGAUCAUCGGACACAGCAUGGGCGGAGCCAUUGCAGUUCACACAGCUGCUGCCAAUCACAUACCAUCUCUGCUGGGCCUUUGUGUGAUUGAUGUUGUAGAAGGGACAGCAAUGGAUGCUUUAAACAGUAUGCAGAAUUUCCUCAGAAGUCGGCCAAAGUCCUUUAAAUCUCUGGAGAACGCCAUUGAGUGGAGUGUGAAGAGUGGCCAGAUCCGAAACAUUGAGUCAGCACGAGUGUCAAUGGGAGGCCAAGUCAAGAAAUGUGAGGCGUCCAGCAGCAGUCCAGGAGUCUCUAAUAGCAUCGGUGAUGAUAUUAUAGAAGAAGAGGAUGAAGAAGUGGAAGAAGAAUCCAACAAGAAAAGAAUGAAGGAAGAUGAUAAAGAGAUGAAAAAGGAAGUCAUGUUUACCUGGCGAGUAGAGCUGUCAAAGACAGAAAAGUACUGGGAAGGCUGGUUCAGUGGCUUGUCUGCACUCUUCCUCACUUGCCCCAUGCCCAAAUUGCUCCUGCUCGCAGGAGUGGACAGGCUUGACAAAGACCUUACUAUUGGACAGAUGCAAGGAAAGUUUCAGAUGCAGGUCCUCCCUCAGUGUGGUCAUGCUGUCCAUGAAGAUGCACCUGAAAAAGUAGCAGAUGCGAUAGCAACAUUUAUGGUCCGACACAAAUUCACUGAGUUUAAAGAAGGAUAUCUGUGCUAAUGUCCAGUUUUCAGUCUAAAUAUAGCCAGCAGAAGACAUCAUCAUACCAUUUAACAGAAACUUAAGAAAGAUAUAUUAUUAUUCUGUAGAUAUUUUGCCUUUAGGCUUUGCCUUAUUUUCAUUUUCAAGCACUGGGAUUUUCUUGUACUUUUCCAUUACAAUAUACUGUAUAUGUUUUGAUUUCUGAAAUGUAAAGCUCCCCUUGUUAGCAUAUUUCAUUUGAAGAAUCAUUGUAAAUGUGUUUGUAAUGUUUGAAAUCAAACAGUGAAUAAAGAUGAAUGCUGCUAA